AUGAAACUGUUUGUCACAGGGCACGAGGAGCUCGUUCAUGAUGUCCAGUACGACUUCUAUGGAAAGCAUAUAGCCACGGUUUCGUCUGACCAACAUAUCAAGGUUUUCGAUAUGGACGCUGCCACUUCGUCGUGGGUUUUAAACGAUUCGUGGAAAGCCCACGACUCGCUGGUGGUCAAGGUGACGUGGGCACACCCUCAAUUCAGCAGCCUGAGCAUCAUAGCCUCGUGUUCCUACGAUAGAACUGUGAAGGUGUGGCAGGAACAGCCGCAGGAAAUGCAUGGAUCCGGUAGACGAUGGGUCAAAUUGGCGACGCUAGCCACCGAGUCAUUUGGACCCAUCUACGAUGUCAAGUUUGCGCCAAGCCAUCUCGGGCUCAAAUUGGCAUGUAUUGGCAGCGAGGGAAUUUUGCGCAUUUACGAAUCUCUCGAUCCUUCCGAUUUGACAUAUUGGAGUCUUACGGCAGAAAUCGCCGUGUUGAGUCUGCAAUUGCCCACCAAGAGCUUGCAGAGUACUUUUGGCAUUGAGUGGUGUCCUUCAAAGUUUGCAAACACGGAGAAAUUUGUGGUGGUAGCACUCGACCAGGCAUUCAUAUAUGGUGCCAGUGUCGCGGGAAAUGGUGAUAAUUCGGGCACAAAUAACGAUUUCGACAUGGCUUCUGGAGAUGGCGGUAUCAACUCCGAGAACAAAUAUGUGAAAUUGUGUAGUCUUCCGGAGCACAAUGGUCUCAUACGAUCCGUGAGCUGGGCUCCAUCGAUGGGCCGAAAUUUCCACCUCAUAGCUACCGCCUGCAAAGAUGGAUAUGUGAGGAUAUUCAAAGCGAUAGAAGCCAUUAAUGGCGAUCUCAAGAUCGAUACCAUAGCCAAGUUGCGAGAUCACCAGCUGGAGGUGUGGCGAGUAACGUGGAAUAUAACUGGCACCAUACUCAGUUCCGCUGGCGAUGACGGGAAGGUGCGGUUGUGGAAGUCCAACUAUUUGAACGAGUGGAAGUGUAUGAGCAUAAUAAGCAGCAAUGCUGGCGUCAAACAAGAGUCGUAG